AUGGACUGGCAGCGACUUGAGAUGCGGUCAAGGGAGAUGACAAUGGAGACGUUGCAAACAGACAGGACGAGGUUGGGACCAGACGUCAACUGGUCUCUUGGGUCGUAUCAAGACUGCCCCACGUGGGGCUCGACUCCCACGACGGUCGACCCCAGGAACCACCGUCGUGGAGUGGCUGGUGUUGGGUUGGGUUGCUUCAUGUCGGCUUCUAUUUUUGUCGGACUGUCGGAUUGUCGGAUUGGCAGUGCAGAAGCCUUUCUCGGCUUAGGGUCUCCCCCGCCCCCAGCCUCGUCCCCGGCGGCCCCAUCCGUCGACGUCAUGAAGCCCACAUGGCCCUGCGUCUCGGGCGCCACGACUUGA